UGGCCGUUACUACUGCGGCUCCCACUACAGUGGCCGCUACUACUGUGGCUCCCACUACAGUCUCGGCUACUACAGUGGCCGCUACUACUGCGGCUCCCACUACAGUCUCGGCUACUACUGUGGCCGCUACUACUGCGGCUCCCACUACAGUCUCGCCUACUACUGUGGCCGCUACUACUGUGGCCGCUACUACUGCGGCUCCCACUACAGUCUCGCCUACUACAGUGGCCGCUACUACUGCGGCUCCCACUACAGUCUCGCCUACUACAGUGGCCGCUACUACUGCGGCUCCCACUACAGUCUCGCCUACUACAGUGGCUGCUACUACUGCGGCUCCCACUACAGUCUCGCCUACUACAGUGGCCGCUACUACUGCGGGUCGCACUACAGUCUCGCCUACUACAGUGGCUGCUACUACUGCGGCUCCCACUACAGUGGCCGCUACUACAGUGGCCGCUACUACUGCUGCUCCCACUACUACUGCUGCUCCCACUACAGUCUCGCCUACUACAGUGGCCGCUACCACUGUGGCCGCUACUACAGUGGGCGCUACUACUGCGGCUCCCACUACAGUGGCCGCUACUACUGCGGCUCCCACUACAGUCUCGCCUACUACAGUGGCCGCUACUACUGCGGCUCCCACUACAGUCUCGCCUACUACUGUGGCCGCUACUACUGUGGCUCCCACUACAGUGGCCGCUACUACUGCGGCUCCCACUACAGUCUCGCCUACUACAGUGGCCGCUACUACUGCGGCUCCCACUACAGUCUCGCCUACUACUGUGGCCGCUACUACAGUGGGCGCUACUACUGCGGCUCCCACUACAGUCUCGCCUACUACAGUGGCCGCUACUACUAUGGCUCCCACUACAGUCUCGCCUACUACAGUGGCAGCUACUACUGUUGCUCCCACUACAGUCUCGCCUACUACAGUGGCCGCUAGUACUGUGGCUCCCACUGGACUCCAGGUCACUACUGUGUCGCCCACUACGGCUCAGGCUACGACUACUUCGAUAUAA